AUGGCGGUGUAUGAAGAGGAGGAAAUAUUCGAGCAGGUAGUGGACGUAGAUGACGACGGCGACGAGGAAGAGGAAGCGGGGGUAGAGGAAGAGGACGACGACGAUGAGGAAGGUGAUCUUGGGACAGAGUACUUGGUGAGGCCUGUGGGCCGUGCUGAGGACGAGGAAGAUGCCAGUGAUUUCGAGCCACAAGAAAAUGGUGAAGAGGAUUUUGAAGGAGAUGAAGAUGAUGAUGAAGAUGAUGAAGGCGGAAAACUCGAGGCCCCACCAAAGAGAAAGCGCUCAUCCAAGGAUGAUGACUCUGAUGACAGUGAUGGCGGAGAGGAUGAUGAGAGACCAUUCAAACGAUAA